AUGUCGGAACCAAACUCCGAAAGCCCAACUGUUCGCAAAAAUCAAAAGAAGGCGUCGAAGUUUGUGGACGAACCCCUCCAAAUUGAUCUUCCUAGUUACGCAGCUAGUUAUUCUGGUCCUAUCAAAUAUCUGAGGCUCCUCUUUAUAGCUCAGGUGUGUCCUGCCUUGAAGGGGCAGGCCUUGAGGUUGGCGCAUGACUAUAUCAAGACAUCAACACUCAAUGUGUCGGCGUAUGAACAGAUAUUUGAAGUGCUUCUACACAGCUUUAACGAGAAGUACGGUUCUGGUGAUUCGUCAGGUGCGGGAGAAACUUCGAACAACGACAAAUUAUCCUCGGCAAGCGGUAAAAUUAUAAAGUCUGGACAUAAUGAAGCUGGCCUAGUUUAUGAUGAAGAAUGGGUGGAAAAAACCACUUUACGUGCUGCACGAAAUCGCGAUGAGCUGGAAACUGAGCUCAAAAACUUUAAAGUGAAUGCAAUCAAAGAAUGCACUAGGAAGGGCUAUGUUGAUUUGGCUAAUUUCUGUUUGGAUGUUGGCGAGUUGAAUGGUGCGAUGAAGUAUUUCACACGUUCGCGCGAAUAUUGCACCUCUUGGCAACAAGAUCUCAACUCUUGCCUCAGCAUUGUAAAGGUCUCCAUCUAUCAGGCAGCUUGGUCACAUGCGGGCGCAUACGUCUCUAUGGCGGAGAAUUUCUGCGAGACUCAGAACUCUGAGUCACCUCCAAAAAACGGUGACGCUCGGCCCAUCUCGCCCGCCGUGGCAGCCGCUCGUUCCGAAUUGGCGCUGGCCUCGGGGCUGAUCAAACUGGUCACCUGCAACUACCAGGAUGCCACCAUCCAGUUCUUGCAGGCCAACUGCGAUCCGGACGAGUGUACCGCAGACAAGGCGGCCUCUCUGCUUACGUCCACUAAUGUCGCCUACUGUGUGACGCUGUGCGCGCUGGCCACGCUGGAUCGGGGCGAGCUACGCUCCCGUGUGCUUAACAGUCCCACCUUCCGCCUCAUUCUUGAGGCGGAGGCGGAAUGCCGUGAUAUCAUUACCGCCUUCUACUCUGCAAACUAUGCAGCUUGUCUGGACGCUCUGCAGAGGAUAAAGAAUCUUCUUAGGUUGGAUCUUUUCCUUGCUGAUCAUGUGGAGUCGUUGUACGAGAGGAUUCGGGUGAAGGCGAUGUGUCAAUACUUCGUCCCCUAUGUCUGUGCCGACCUCAAGUUGAUGGCGGAGGUGUUUAGGACCGGUGUGACGGAUCUGGAAAAUGAACUGGCGGAGCUUAUACGCAAAGGGAACAUCAAGGGUCGUAUCGACUCGGAAAAGCAGCUCCUCUGUUCACUGAAAGUGGAUCCUCGUUACCAAACCUUCUCCAACACCAUAAACAUCGUCGAUCAGUGCCAUCAGCGCCUCGAGGCGGCUAUUUUACGCUCGAAUCUCAUCCGUCGUGGUUACACACGCGGCUGGCACUGA